AUGGCGCUGAACGGAAAGAGCCAGGCGAAUGUGCAGCCAAAAUCAAUCUUAAAACGGAAAGCACAGAGUGAUGAUUUAGAAGCUGAUGAUAUUGCUCCAGUGAAAGAUCCCAAAGUUGAUCGUAGUAGAAGUUGUCCUUAUUUAGACACCAUAAACAGGUCCGUGCUUGAUUUUGACUUUGAGAAGCUAUGCUCAGUCUCGCUUUCCCACAUCAAUGUGUAUGCCUGCCUGGUUUGUGGAAAAUAUUUUCAAGGCCGAGGCCAGAAGUCUCAUGCUUACACUCACAGUGUACAAGACGGUCACCAUGUGUUCCUCAACCUACAGUCCCAGAAAUUCUACUGCCUGCCUGAUAACUAUGAGGUCAUUGAUUCCUCUUUAGAUGACAUCAUUUAUGUCCUGGACCCAACUUUCACUGAUAAACACAUAGCCAACCUUGAUAACCACACCAAGAUGUCUCGGGCCUAUGAUGGUACAACAUACCUACCAGGCAUUGUAGGUUUGAACAACAUCAAAGCUAAUGACUAUUGUAAUGUAGUUCUACAGGCUUUAUCUCAUGUUCAUACGUUCAGAAACUAUUUCCUUCAAGAGCAAAACUACAAAAACAUAAAACGUCCGCCUGGAGACCAAAUGUGCCUUCUGAGCCAGCGUUUUGGCGAGUUGCUACGGAAACUGUGGAAUCCACGUAACUUCAAGGCUCAUGUGAGUCCUCACGAGAUGCUACAGGCUGUGGUUCUCUGUAGUAAAAAGACAUUUCAAAUCACAGAGCAAGGGGAUGCUAUAGAUUUCCUGUCAUGGUUUCUGAAUGCUCUUCACACUGCUUUAGGGGGAAAUAAGAAGUUGUCCAGCAGCGUUGUAAACAAGACGUUUCGAGGGAAAAUGAAAGUCUAUUCAAGAAAGAUGCCUCCAGUUGAUAUGAAAGAAGAGGAGAAAGAGACAUUACUUCUUAUGGAAGAUUACAAAGAGACGAUGGAUGACAUUCCGUGGUUGUUCCUCACCUGUGACCUGCCACCUCCACCGCUUUAUCCAGAUGGACUGAGAGAAAACAUCAUCCCACAGGUUCCCCUGGCCACCAUCUUGUCUAAAUUUAAUGGUGUAUCAGAGAAGGAAUACAAAACCUACAAGGAUUCUACCAUGAAAAGAUUUGAAAUCACCCACCUUCCCCCAUACAUCAUACUCUAUGUCAAAAGGUUCAACAAAAACUACUUUGUAUUGGAGAAGAAUCGAACAAUUGUUAAUUUCCCUGUUAAGAAUGUAGAUUUUGGUGACCUGCUGUCUCCAGAAAUCAGAGCCAAGCACAGGUUCACCACUUACGAUUUGAUCAGUAACAUUGUACACGAAGGAGAACCAGGCGCUGGACAGGGCUCCUAUAAGGUUCACAUCCUACAUAAGGGAACUCAAAAGUGGUAUGAGAUGCAGGACCUUCAUGUGAUUGACAUCCUUCCUCAAAUGAUCACUUUAUCAGAGAGUUACAUCCAGAUCUAUGAGUUAAGGAGGGACAUCCCCAAUCCAAAUUUUGGUGUGGUGCCAGAGAAGACUGGGGAAGACAUGGAAGGAGUUGCAGUUACAAAAGAGAGUGGCACAAAAGGGGAGACAACUUCACAAUCUGCCAAAGAAAGCUGAUACAGACUUUUUUGUCAUAAACUUUUUGCUGUAAAAGUCGGGAAUUCCUGUAAUUUGUGUAUUUAGCAGGGAGGUUUGAAACAGUCACGUAGAAACUUGAAACCUAGCGAUUUGGCAGAAAAGUUUUCUUCAAAACUGGUGAAACAAGAAAUUUAUUGAUUUUUUUGCUAUAUAAAGUAAUUGGUGCAUCUUGUUUCUUUACAAUUUAUUUUUGUUGUAUUUCACUAAUAAUGUCACUUGAACUGUUAAAUAUCAAUCAGUGGACCAAAUACAUGUACAUGAAUGAAAUGCUGAGUUUAUCUGAACUUCAUUUAGUCCUUGGCCUUGCAUUUUUAGCUCGCCUGUACAAAGUACAAGAGUAACUUAUGUCAUAACCUAAGCAUUCGCGUUUGCUUCCAAUACCAGCUAAAUGAUCUUAAGGUGAAUGAUAUAGGUCAUAUCUUAAGAAGGUCUGCAUGUAUUGGGUUCUGGUUUGGCAUACAUGUACAGCACAAUAAUUCUUGGGGGAUGUUCCAUCAAUGAUGCUCUCUGUGCAUAUUAAUUACAGUAAACUACAAAAUUCAGAACAUAGCUUUGUAUGCUCUGGAAUCAAUUUCAAGGUAAGUGUUAGGGAUGGUUGAUUGAGCUCAGGGUUUGUAUACAUUCAAAUCACAGUAACCUAAGACGGAUAUUCCAUCAUUUAUGCCUAGCAUGUGUAUGUGUGGAUUACUGUAAGUUAAACAGCUGAAUUCUUGACUUCUUGUCUCUUUUUCUGUCUUAGCAUCCAUGUUAAAGUAAAUGAAUAAAUUAUAAGUUUUGUCACUCUGUUUUUAA